UCUGGAGUAAGUUGGAUGUGCGCUCUCCUCACUCGCAUCCCGAAACCACCUCAAAACUGUUGCGAUGGGGAGGAUCAGGAAAAAUCACUUUUGGAUUUUGACCUUUUCUUUACUAGUGACUUUUGUCUGUGCUCAAAGCAUCAAGGAUAUCAAAGAUCCAAGCAAUAUGCCUCUGGUAAAAGACACAGUGGACAGACUGAUGAAAGGAUACGACAUUCGGUUGAGGCCAGAUUUCGGAGGUGCGCCGGUGGCAGUGGGAAUGAAUAUAGACAUAGCCAGCAUAGACAUGGUCUCUGAAGUCAAUAUGGACUACACUUUGACUAUGUACUUCCAGCAAGCAUGGCGGGACAAGCGUCUGUCAUACUCUGAGAUUGCCCUCAAUCUGACGCUGGAUAAUCGAGUGGCAGACCAGCUGUGGGUCCCAGACACCUACUUCCUCAAUGACAAGAAGUCCUUCGUUCAUGGCGUCACAGUCAAGAACAGGAUGAUCCGUCUCCACCCUGAUGGGACAGUACUUUAUGGACUCAGGAUCACCACAACGGCAGCCUGCAUGAUGGACCUGCGCCGCUACCCUCUAGAUGAGCAAAACUGCACCCUGGAGAUCGAAAGCUAUGGAUACACCACAGAUGAUAUUGAGUUUUACUGGCGAGGUGGAGACGGAGCGGUGUCCGGCGUGGACAGGAUAGAGCUGCCUCAGUUCUCUAUUGUCGACUACAAACUCAUCUCCAAGAACGUAGUCUUCUCCACAGGUUCCUACCCCCGCCUGUCCCUCAGCUUCAAGCUUAAGAGGAACAUCGGCUACUUCAUCCUGCAGACCUACAUGCCUUCCAUCCUGAUCACCAUCCUGUCCUGGGUCUCCUUCUGGAUCAACUACGAUGCCUCGGCUGCCAGAGUGGCCCUGGGGAUCACCACGGUGCUGACCAUGACCACCAUCAACACCCACUUGCGAGAGACGCUCCCUAAGAUCCCCUAUGUGAAGGCUAUUGACAUGUACCUGAUGGGCUGCUUUGUGUUUGUCUUCCUGGCCCUGCUCGAGUACGCCUUCGUCAACUACAUCUUCUUCGGCCGGGGGCCCCAGCGGCAGAAGAAGGCGGCUGAGAAAGCAGCCACUGCCAAUAACGAGAAGCUCAGACCCGACCCCAACAAGUGGCUGGUGGGAAAUGUAGUUCAGAGAGAUGAUGCUCUGUAUGCCAGAAUGAAACAGAGGGAAAUUGACGCAUAUGACUCGAUGUGGGAUCCCAUCUUUGUGGACGAUGCCGCAUUAGGACUAGGCGAGCAAAGAAAUAAGAUGACCCCCGAUGACAACAUCCUGUUCAGCACCUUGGAGAUGAAGAAUGAGAUGGGGGGCGCUGGGGAUCUGUCUCGGGGCCUCGGUGCACCGGGGGACCCCCGCAACACCAUGCUGGCCUACGAUAGCUCGACGCUGCAGUAUCGCAGGGCAGCCAUGGCCCGCCAGAACUAUGGCCAUAGCGCUUUGGAGCGCCACGCCCAGAAGAAGUCGCGCCUACGGAGACGGGCCUCCCAGCUCAAGGUGAACAUCCCAGACCUGUCCGACGUGAACUCUAUCGAUAAGUGGUCCAGGAUGAUCUUCCCCACCGUCUUCUCCUUCUUCAACGUGGUCUACUGGCUCUACUAUGUCCAUUAAACAAGAUGGCGUCCGGCGGCCAGCGGGCGUGGAAAGAGGGGGAGGGGGAUUUGGGGAGAUGAGAGAGAUCGAGAAAGAGAGGUUUAGAGAAGAUGAGAGAGAGAGAGAAAGAGAGAGAGAGAGAGAGAGAAUGAGAGAUAAACGGUGCACCAACUUUUUUCGCUGGUUCAUUUUAGAAAAAUGUCGAGGAGAAAACGUGAACGCACAGACUUUCAGAAGGACUGCAGCACCCAACACUUCAGUCAGCAGUGACUCUUUUUGGAAUCGGGGCAACACCUUAAAGACUGACAAACACUCUAAAAAGAAGAGCGCGUUUUAAAAAGACAAGAUACGGUGCCUGUUCCAGAAUUUCAAUAUAUCACUAAUAUUUGUCAUUCGUAGCUUACUCUCUGUGGAUCAAAUAUUUAUGCUUGUGUUUGCAUAUACUUUAAGGAUUUGUUUUGUUUAGUAUAUCUAUUUACUUCGUAGCCGAGCUGUCUGCAUCCAGGAAAGCUUUAUAGAUGAUUUUAAAGGAGUCAUCCUUGAUAGAAUAUUUUCCUAUAAUUACUGUAUAUCAAAAACAUCCUUUAAAAGCAUGCUUAUGUUUGAUUUCAUUUGCAUCUCAAUCAUAAUGAUGGAGCGCAAAGCAUUUUAGUUUAACUAGUUGACGUUAUUCUGUCUAGCAGUAACCAUUUCGCAGCUCUCCUGUACUCGUAGCUUUGGCUCGGCCACCUGGGUGGAGGGGAGCGGGAUGACAGCAGGUGGGCAGCAGGGGGCGCUCUUUUCUCUGGGCGGUCCUAUGGGUCCUUAGCGAUGCCGACACUGAACAGAGCAAGCUUUCUUUUUCAGGUCUUACGCAGAUGCUGGUCAGGUUUGUUGGAGGUCCCAUAGUGUCCUGUGAAAGAGUGGGACUGUGGACACUGACGCUUUGGCCAAGUUUAUGUUUUGCUUCUGUUGUGCUCACAGAAUCCAGCCCAUUUCUCCAUGCCCAUGUUUUUUUUUUUUUUUUUUUUUUUUUUUUUUUUUAAAAAGAGCGAACAUUUAACCCUCGACUCCUACGUACUUUUUACCAUUAUGUGAGGAGCUUCAAAGGCAUAUAGGACGGCUUUAUCAUGAUCUAAGAGGGUGUAAAAACAUUGCUGAUAGAUGAGUUGAGUUCAAGCCCUUUCAUUGCAAUGAGAGUUGCUGCAUAAAUAUGGUAAUCCACAAUCAUCAUUAUCAGUAGAAUUGAAUGAUAGAACUAUGAUGCGUUUCAUUGUGAUUAUAGGUUUCUGUUUUGAAAAUUGUAGAUAAAGAUAAAAAUCAUGUUUAAAGAAAAAGAGAUGAAUCAUUUUUAUAAAUCAAUACUCACAUUAUGUGUAAAUACUAUGGAUUUAUUCUAUUUAAAUGGGUCUCUAUUGUUGUUUUUUGCAGUUGAAUAACAGGUAAAAUGUUCCAUUGAGUUUAAAAAGAAAAAAAGAAAAAAAAAAAGAAGAAGUUAAUUGAGGAGAAAAAAAAAGACACAAUUCACAACUUUGCUGACCCUGUACUUUUUUGGAGUUUUCUCUCUUUUUUUCUUUCUAAUGGACUCUAAAAGCGUCUACUUGCCGAAACAAAAGCACUUCCAGACACCAUCGGUCACUUUUGGGUCAAUGUCUUGUUCUCCAGAAAUGACUUUACAAGGACCCCGCUAUCCAGGCAUUGGAGUCAGGCAUAUUUUGUACAAAGUUCCUGUAAAUUCCAAUUGUAAUAUUUCAUAAUGACUUGUAAAUAUCUUGUGUAAUGAUUGUCAGCAAUUAUGAAGAUGUAUCUAAAUUCAAUUAAAACUCAAUUCAGCCUAUCACUUCAAUAACACAA